CGCGGAGAAUUUGAGGGUGCGACUAGGGCUAGCGUGGAGAGGAUCUUGCUCAAUUCAAAUCUAUCCUCAGAUCAAAAAACCAAACUCCAAAACGAGAUUCCUCCAGCUCCCGCCAUCGGACCCUCCCCUGUAGCCGCGAUCACAUCACCGACGCCCUGCACCUCCAUUGACUUCGGCCUCCUCUGCAUCCGGCUGUCUCCUCCUACCCUACAGUCAUCGUGGUCGCAGCCUCCUGCCCUACAGUCGUCGUGGUAACACCAUACCCGCCGCCGGUCACGUCACCGACUCCCUGCUCCUCCGUCGACGCUUCCCUACAAGAGAACUCCACCGAGCAGGCCUCCUGAUCGUUGAUGAUCUUGGAGUCAAUGACCUCGCCGCCUGGAGAUCUAGAGGCUUCGGAGGCCCUCUGGUGAAGACGAAGCCCGAGGAUGAAGACCAAAGCCCUCGGAUUUGUUCGGGUUGGAUUUCGUCGGGUUGAAGAGGGAGGCGGCUAGGUUAGGGCUCUGAUACCAUAUUGAAAAUUAGGGUUUUUUUAAUUCACUUUCUCACUGAUAGAAUAGAUUGGCUUAUAUAGCCUUACACCCACAUUUACACAAAACCCCCUCUAAUAUUCUCUAAUUACAUUAUCUUUUCAACAAGUGGUUACCAAGAUAACAAUGAAAACCUUACCUUACGUGGCGUGAUCUCGCCCACUGAAAGUGAUGUGGGCAGUAAGGAUUGAGGGGAUUGGACCCUCUCCCGUUACCAUAUAAUUCAAGAGGAUUCAGAUGUAUUAGACAUCUCAUGCCUUUAGCAUGAUUGUAGACAUUAUUUACAUAAAAUUUCAGAACAAGUUAUGCAAAACAAUUAAAUAUAUUUUCUAGAUUAGUUUAGUGCAUCUGGUCAUAAGAUUAAAUUGCUUCUAAACUAAAUGACAACAGGUUAUGAUAUUCAGCUACCACCUUGUUUUCAAUAGAGUUUCUGCGAGUACUUACUUUUUGUUUGUUUGUUUUUCGACAAAUCAAUUUGCGUUUCCCGGAGGUCAGAAAAUAAUACCAUGGAGUGCGAGGAGAUGAAGAACAAAGGGAAUGCGUCUCAUAAACGACCAAUUGUUGUCAAUGAAAGUGUAGGAAGUGAUGAUGAGUUGUCGUCCGAGAAGAAAUUGAAGACCAAUUCUCGAGAACUUGUCAAGAAUCUACUCUCAAGAGUGAUGAACGAUUCCUCUCAUCAAAAGUCAGUAUUUUUUAUUAACCUCACCCGAAGUAUUCAUGAUAUGGGCAUUGAGCCCAUCAACGUACUUGACUACACUCUCUCAUGGAUGCUAACAGAGCGCAAAUCACUCAAAGAUGAAGAGGCCGGCUUCCUACUGAAAGUGAUGAGCAAGGUAUUGCCCAGUUGCGAUGAGGACAAAGUUCGACCUUUGGUUUCUCGAAUUAUAUUAGUUGCCCAACCUUUUGUUGAAGAUGCCUCCUCUCAUUGUUGCAUCAAGGCGAGCGAGAUCAUCUACACUCUCAGCAAAAUCACGGGUUUGGAUGAAAUUGCUGUGCUGAUUCGUCUUCAAAUGAAUGACAGUAGUGAUUACGUAAGGGAUGUGGCGGUCAAAGUUAUGGGGAUCGUAGCAUCUGCACUCGGAAUUCAUGUUGUUUUUCCAUUCAUCGAAAGUUGUUGUCGAGGAAUUGAGCCAUUGCGAGUCCGUUGUGCUGCUAUAAGAAUGGUGGAGCAGUUUGCUGUGAGGAUCGGAUGCACGUUGCUGCCACAUCUUUCGUCUCUAAUUGAACUUAUGGAGUUCGGUCUCCUUCACAAGGAUUUAGAAAUUGUGCGAAUCAUGAUCACAGCUUUAUCUCUCGCUGCUCUUGCUAAAGCGGUGGCACCCUAUGGAUAUGAGCACUUUAAACCGAUAUUGCAUCGACUCUUCGAUUUCUUCAGCAGAGAUGGAGUUGGUUUUAUUCAUCGAAGAGGGAAAGUGUUGGGAGCGCUGGUGAAGCUAUUCACUUGCAUUAUUCAACUUCUAACGUAUCCAUAUCCCAGCGACAUCAAUUGGAACGUAGCGAACGGGGUAUUGCUCGUGUCGAGACUUUCGGUAGACGACGAGGAGAUGAAGGAGAUUGGAUUCGAAGCCAUCAAAAGCCUAGUUGAGAUCAAGGACGUUCCGUUAUAGUGUUUUCUAAUUAUGGGCGAGCCUAGUUGUUUCGUGCUAAUUAUGUAGACGAGAAUGAUGAUGAGAAGGGACAAGUACGUGUUGUUGGCCGAUGCAACCGUUGCUUUGGCCAAUAAGUUGGGAGUUGCGUAUCUCAAGAGAUCAAUAUCUAAAGAACUUGAUGACUAUAGUGAAGAUUACAGGCAGAUGGUGUUGGAAAUAAUUGAAAAGUUGUUGGCAUGUCCUGAUAAUUCAUCGGAUCGCAAUGCUCAGUUGGAAGACGCCUUUCAGGAUAUCGCCUACUUGUUUUGUUCUUCAUUUUAGAUUAUAUUGACGCAACCAACAAAUUUUUGCUUUUGAGAUAUCCUUUUUUUUCUUUUUUUUUGGGAUACGUGGAUCUCCAGUAUGUUUUUUUAGUGUCGAAACUGUUUCUAUUGAAAAGCAACAAUAAAUGAUAUUAAAAAAUAUAUUGUACGAGUA